AUGGCUCCCUCUACGCUCGACCUGUUCAUGUUGACGUUCAAUUGCGCCAAGAACUUUAUCGACACUCACGUCUUUGCGUCAAACCUCCACACAGCUUUUAAGCAGAGCGCCACCACCCUCCCAGAGGUUGUUGUCUUCUCCUUGCAAGAAUUCGCGCCAUUAUCGUAUUCUUUCAUCGGCGGAUACUUUCUCAGCCCGUACCUCACACGCUUCGAGGAAGCCCUGAAUCUCGCUGCGACUAGAUACACCAACGAACCCACCUCGGACACCGACAGUCACGAUGACGCCGACGACGAGACGAUACUGGUUAAGCCCACCGCCCCUACACCUGUGCGACCGUACACCCUGAUCCGGACUCGUAAUGUCGGUAUGACGGCCAUCAUGCUCUUUGCGCGAAACCCCGAGUCGAUCCUGCGUGUGCAAGAGGCGGAAGUGGGCUUUGGCGCGGCAGAAAUGGGCAACAAGGGCGCUGUGGCGCUCAGAGUCCUGUACGAGGGCACGACGACCGAAGGUGGGAAGAAGGAGACGGAGCUCACUUUCGUGGCUACCCACCUUGCGGCAAUGGAGUGGAAUCUGCCGAGGCGAAAUGCCAACUGGGCAACCAUCAUGCGUGGCCUGACAUUCGAGAACCCGGAAGAUAUCCUGCACCCGAAAAAGAACAAGCCCACCACCCCUACACAGGGAGAGGGCCAAACCGAAGGUGCCAGAGAUGAAGCAGUGCACCUGUUGCACGACGAACACCAAGCACAAACGCUCGCUCUCCAGGAACGGCUACAGGAGAUAUCCGUCUUCAAGCCAAGCUCCCAUCUUUUUGUCGGCGGCGACCUCAACUAUCGCAUCUCGACAACGAGCCCGCCGCCAAUGGCGACGUUCCCCAGUCUCGAUCCCGACAGCGAACACCAUUACUCCCGGUUCUUCGCCCUGGACCAACUCACGAGAGAACGCCAGGCGGGACGCACAUUGCACGGCAUGAGCGAAGCAGAAGUCAAGUUCCCCCCGACCUACAAAUACAACGUCCUGCCUGCGGACGACACCCGCCUGAAAGUCGACGGUGUGGAGGACGUGCCUUGGGUAUUUGCCCCUCACCGAUACCCUGGCUGGACGGAUCGCAUCUUGUACCUAGACGUCCCAUCGUGGGUCAAGACCAAGCCUCAAAAAGUCGACGUCAAAAUCUACGACGCCAUGCCCGUAGUCCGCAGCUCAGACCACAGAGCCGUUUUCCUGAGAGCUGCGGUUCCCCUCCUCACUGAGAAGGAGCUAGCCCGCUCAUCGACGGAAGCUCCAACGUCCAGCGCGGUGGAUCCUCGCCUCGUUCUCCCAGUAGCCAUCGAUCCCGAGGCCUGGGAACGACGUGCGGCAGCAAGACGGAAGGAAGUCCUUGUUGGCUGGAGCAUGUUCCUGUGGUCUACUAAGCAGGGGGCGAUGAUACUAGCCACGCUGUUGGCCGUGGGCGCAGGUAUCUGGUGGCUGAGCUGA